AAAAUCAUUGAUACUGCAAUGACCUUAUCUUUCCUCCGAAAAACAUCAUCCGCGGAUUCAUCACCAGAAGUAAAAGAGAAGUACGAAAAGGCGAAGAAAUAUUUAAUCUCUCAAAUAAAAGACGAGAAAGUGGAAAAAGAAUUAUUAUUAAAGACCGAUCAAAUUGUAGUUGAACAUGCAACGAAGAAAGUAAUCAAAGAAAAAGCUAAUAAAGUAGUUAUUGAAAAGGUGCAAGAAUCUGUAACUGUAGAAGAGUCGAUAAAGUUACAAAAACUCAAAAUAAUGAUGGCUCUUACCGAAGACCUUGGCAUAACCACAUCAAAAGAAAUUUCGUCAAUUAUUUGUGUCUCUGAUGAACGAGUCAAGAAAUUUGAUGAAAAGACCUGGAACACGUUCAUAACGUUCGCUUACUGCAAUAAGGUAUUAGGUAAACAUGAAACGAAAUGGAAAGUACAAAACGAAAAGGCCCGUAAAUGGAUUCAUGAACAAAUAAAGGAUGAAAAAUUAGAAAAAGAAAUUUUGGAAUCAUGCGAAAAGGUUGUGGUUGAAAAGGUUUUCGACAAGAAAUCAUCUUGGUCCCCAUCAGUUGGAGGUUAUCUCACUUCGACUACAAAAUAUCUUGAUGAUACCAUAGACAGUACCACUAAGACCAUCACAGAGGGUGCGACUCAUGCGUUAAAAUCUGUUGAAAACACUGCAGCACUUAUUAUACUUCAAUCCAAGACCACUCCCGAAGCCACCAAAAAGAUCGUUUCAACUCAAAAAACCGAUGGCUCAAUCAAAUUGGACAAACAAGUUUCUGAACAUAUUGAUAUAUCUUCUGAUGAACUUCAAAAGACUGUUCAAUCUCACGGUGUUAGUGACAAGUUAAAAAAUAUUUCGCAAAGUGCAUGGGAAACAGCAUUGUCUCUCCGCUACUUAACUAUAACUUCAUCCAAAGAUCAAGCCGAACAGCACAAGGAUAAUUCUGAGAAGGCUAAACAGUACCUUAUUAACGAGCUCAAAGAUGAAAAUUUAGUUAAGGAACUAUUAACUACAUCAGACAAGAUUAUCAUAGAACAAAGCGUUCAGAAAGAGUAUAAGGAUGCCGUCGCUAACGUUCAACAAUCUACUUCAAUUGAGAAGGUCCACGAUAUUAUAUCGAAUCAAAAGAUGAUGGUCCUUACAAUUGACCGAGACGAUUUAUAA